AAUAAUAAAAUAGAAGUUUGAAGGCUGUAAUUUCAAAAGGCGCGACUCUCGACCUGAUAAAAAACAGAAGGGGCGAUAUGGAAACUCUACUCAAACAGGAAGUGAUAUAUGGCGAGAUUAUAUAAUGUCGCACAACAGUCCUUCCAAAGCUACCCCGCCAAUAACGUACCUACCUACCAUCCCGCCAUCCCAGAUACCUAAGAAAUCAUGAGAGGAACUUAAGAAGAUUCACCCUCUUUUUCUAAUUCCUCAGUGUGCAUUCUCCUCCCUUGUCCAUGCCCAUAGAUAUCUAAAAUACCGCAACCAUGGUGUCAAAAGAGACCUAUCGAACCAUCCUAAAUUGGAUUAUUCAACAACAAGAAUACGAAUCCUCACAUCCUGAUCCCGCGCCUCUGACAGAAGUUCAAAGGAAAUGCCUAGAGAAGCUCGAACUCUCUUUACCCCCAGCAACACCACCUCAACCUGACCCAGAGUUAGGCGAUGACAACUGGGUCGGUACCUUACUAGAAUACCGAGCCGCCCGCCAACGAGUCCCCGAGGGUCUUCCUGGGGGUGAUUUCAUCGACAAGCCAGGCCCAAUGGUAGGCGCGACUCAAAGAUGGUGUUGCGAAGUCCGAAUCCCCGAGCAUAAAGGGCCAUUCCCUGGACCCGAUGGUGGGCUUCUUGCAGACGGGACGCAGCCCUCCUUUGCGAAGAAAAAGGACGCUAAGAAGUACGCUGCUAAGUGCGCUGUUCAGUGGCUGAGGGCCAACGGGUACAUGGCCGGCUACAACAGCAAUGGUGUGAAACACGCCCCAGAGCAUCGUGUCACACCGCUGUCUUCCCCAACUAGUAAAAGGCAGAAGAUUUCGGCAUCAUCGCCUAAAAAUACCGAGGCCUCUACUGCUGCACCUACCACACAGGGUCCUGACCCGGAUGUGAUUCAAAUACUCCCAGGAAACCCCCUACCCAAAGCAAUUGCGUCCCCCUUCGACAACGAAGAAGUAUCUGCCUCAUACGAAGCAAAACGACUCUGCACCCGCCUUGGCUUUCCAAAUCUACCGGAAUAUAAGGUUACCCGAGAUUCGGAAAUGGAGGAUUUCUGGUCGGGAUAUCCCGAUCUAGGCAUGCUGGCUGAUCGAUUGCCCGAGGGCGUCGGCCGCGUAGAAAAGGUGCUUGGUAAGAAGUUUGUCAAGGAGAAGAUUGCCGAGGAACUACUAGUGCAUCUGCGCAAGUUAGUUGAUCCACACAACAAAAGAAGCCAACACUUCAUAUCACGUCUGUCACCGGAACUUAAGAAACAAGGAGCACCACCAGCCCCGGCUUAGUUAGGCGACAUGCUGACCGGGUUGCUCGAUGAUGUGGAUUUGCGACCGACAAAGGACUAGAUUCGGUGUGCCGAGGGACUACGGACGCAUUUGCAUAAGUGAGGCAUGGGAGUGAGUCUAGAUCGAUUCGUUUACGAUCGUGACUCCGGGUGGACGAAGCACCCUUACGAUAUGUACCUAAUGUUAUGAGGAAAUGACGAGACGGUUCAGCAUAAUGAAUUACAAUAAAUUACACAUAAAUACACCACCACGUAUCACCAUUUUACCAUCUAACGUGGGCGUGAAUAUGGCAUUUCAACUUCUUCCACGUCAGUGGUAUGACAUUGUCACAGGAAAUAAUUAAUGAAGGGGG